GAACUCGGAAUUGCCCUAUAGCAUGGCCCCUUCACUGAGAUACAUACUCUGCGCAGAGUAUCGACAUAGCUGUCGCCGCUCGGGGCAACUGCCACUGGCAUCUGUAAGAGGCCCAUCAACCAUAUUAUAACGCUCACGAACACAACCUAGGACCGGCGCAGGCGAGGCGAUGAUGAUGCAUACCAGCAUAUGCUCGUGCGUACACUUCUGCCAAGGCUCUGAAGAGCACUAUCCGCCCGUUUCCCUACGCUCCUUCUUCCUUGAUUCUGCUUCGACUUUGCCGCCAGACUUCGACAACUCGCAAUCCAAUCGCAAACACAACACUCACUCGCCGAGCCUGGAGGCAUGACCACCGUGACACCAUCCUCGUCCACGCCGACGACCUCAUCCUCCUCGCCCCCACCCAAAUGGCCCUACAACGCCGCGCGCUCAACUGGCACCGAAUGCACGCCUCUCCUCGCCGCCCUCCUCGCCGCCAGCACCCUCGACGAGAUCUCGAUCGGGUCCGACACCUUUCAAAUGGCCAUGGCGGGGUACAUCCGUGGCCAAGAGCGCGUCGACGCCGAAGACCGCACUCUCGAGGCGCGCAUUUUCUGGGUGUACCCGAUGGGACUAUGGGGCCCUUUCCGCGAGACGGAGGACGGCAGCAUCAAGCAGCAGGGGCUACUCGUAACGAUGGAACGAGGUGCGAAGGUCGCAGAGGCCGUUGAGGCGAUCAAGGCGAACUUCCACGGGGAUGGGACUGCACAUAUUCACGUGGCUGCCUCCUGAAUUAUCGCAAUUCACAGUACCUGCAAAUGCUGACCAGCCCCAGAACACAGUGUAUACCAUAUGGUGCUAGAGGUUUGACGUUUGACCCGAGGCAUCAGAGGAAUUCGUACCCAACUUCAAGUGUACUACUUAAUGCCUGCUCACGAACGUUUUGAAACGGCCGGACGCGGACGCCUCA